GGAUGCCAGCGAAAGGAUUUAUAGAUGGUGAUUGGACUACUGGAAGCUAGGAGGGGUGGGGGCUGGACAGAGUCAAAGAGAAGCAACUAUGGCAACACCAGCGAUUGAGGCUUGAAGAGGGAGACAAGCUAAAAAAGGUAUAGUUUUUCUCAUGGAAGAAUAUCCAGUUAUUUCAUGAUGGCAUUUGCACCUCCAAAAUGCACAGAUGGUCCCAAGAUGCAGACAAAGAUGAGUACCUGGACACCCCUAAACCAUCAGCAUUUGAAUGACCAGGUAUUUGAAGAAAGAAGAGCUCUGCUUGGAAAAUGGUUUGACAAAUGGACAGACUCUCAAAGGAGAAGAAUCCUGACAGGCCUGUUAGAACGCUGCUCCCUGUCACAGCAAAAGUUCUGCUGUCGAAAGCUUCAGGAAAAAAUUCCAGCAGAAGCUUUGGAUUUUACUACCAAGCUUCCAAGGGUGUUAUCUUUAUAUAUCUUUUCUUUCUUGGACCCCCGAAGCCUUUGUCGUUGUGCACAGGUGAGCUGGCAUUGGAAGAACUUAACUGAGCUGGAUCAGCUCUGGAUGCUCAAAUGUUUACGGUUUAACUGGUACAUCAAUUUCUCUCCAACUCCCUUUGAACAGGGUGUAUGGAAGAAGCACUAUAUUCAAAUGGUGAAAGAACUUCAUGUUACCAAGCCUAAGACACCUCCAAAAGACGGCUUUGUGAUUGCUGAUGUGCAGCCAGUUACAAGCAGUUCUCCAGAGGAAAAGCAGUCUGCUUCAUCAGCUUCCCGGCCCUCGUCCUCUUUAAGAAAGAAGAAUCACCCAGGGGAGAAAGAACUCCCACCCUGGCGAUCCUCCGACAAGCACCCAACUGAUAUCAUUCGCUUCAAUUACCUGGACAACUGUGACCCCAUCCAGCAAAUCUGGCAAGGAAGAAGGAAAAAACACGAAAUGACCCCAGAUUUCAGCCGACACUCACAUGAUAAGAAAAAUAAAUUGCAGGACAAAUCCAAGCUCAGAAAAGCACAGUCACUGAUAUCCCUAAGUACAGAGCCCAGCUCCCCUCUGCCAGUUCCAGCUCAUUUGGCCUGGCCUCCUCGUCAGUUAGUGGGGCUCCCGGCCACCGAAGCAGCAACAAAAAUUCUCAUGCAGCAUCUUCAGAGAUGCUCUGGCUUCCAGUCGUUACCCAUCCAGGCUCCAGAUCCAAAGCCGAUUUAAAAAUGUGAAAAGCUUUUUAUAGAGAUGACAAGAUGCUCUACAUAUUGGAGAGUUGGAUGUUACUUGGCUCCUCUAUUAGAAACUUCCAGUUUAGGUACCUUAUUGCGAACGUGAGUUCUACAGUCAUGGCAUAAAUGUUGACAUAUUUACAAACCGAGAUAGAAAUGUGGUGAUAGAUACCAUGGGCUUGAUAAAGGGACAUAUGAUAGCACCAUAGGUAAUAUUGGGUGUUUGAGACAGGGUCGCAGAAGGAUACAGACAGCACACUCCCAAGGCUACUUGGGCAGUUUAAUGAUGGGGCUAUUUAUCUUGGUGUCUUAAUUGCUAGUGCUGCUAUAACAAAGUACCACCGUCUUAAUCCGUUUGGGCUGCUAUAACAAAAAUACCAUAGAUGGGUGGCUUGUAAACAACAGACAUUUAUUUUCUCACAAUUCUGGAUGCUGGAAAGUCCAAGAUCAAAAUAUUGGCAGGGUUGAUUUCGCCUGAGGCUUCUCUAGUUGGCUUGUGAAGGGCCACCUUCUCCCUGUGUCUUCGCAUAGUCUUCCUUCUGUGCAUGUCUGUGUCUUAAUCUCCUCUUAUAAAGACAUAAGUCAGAUUGGAUUAGAGCCCACCCAUAUGACCUCAUUUAACCUUAAUUACCUCUUUGAAGACCCUAUUUUCAAAGACAGUCACAUUCUGAGGUCCUGGGGGUUAGGACUGCAACAUAGGAAUUUGGGGGGACACAACUCAGCCCACAAUGCAGAUUGUGGGCAGGGUUAAGAGAAUCAAGAUGAGAUAGUGAAGCACCUAGGAACUAGUAAUAGUGGAAGCCUUUAUCAUCCUUUGGCCUGAAGAGACCGUAGGGAAAGGGCAUGUUAUUCCUAGAACCCACUGAGAGCUGUAGCCACGAGAGAGGGGCAGCCUAACAGGAUGUAUGCCACAUGCUGGAGGAACCCAGCCACCAAGGAAAGCAAAGCCUAGCAGGGAGGGAAGAGGGAGAAGACCCAACCCCUCUCUCUCCCCACCUUUGACGCUCCAGCAGCGCUUCCCUUUGGUCAACCCCAUCUGGGAGUCAGAGAACAAAGACACCAGGGGGAUGCAGUUCUCAGAUGUCAGCCUCCUAGGCAAGUAGCAGAGCUCAGAAGUGUGGCCAGGAGUGGGUGGAGAGGGGUAGGAUAUGAGUGGACAAUGAAAAAUAACCAGCACAGUGGGGGGAAUGUGUACAUUAUCAAAGGAGGAAUUAUGAUUGAUAUUCAAGCAAUGUGAAUGGUCUGUAAAGAGUUACAGGAAAACAGAAAAUGUUACUUAGCUGCAAAAAUAU